AUGUUUUGCGCGCGCGCCAAGCCCCUGUUCCCAUACGUCCGUCACAACUUGGACCGGUUUCUUUGCAUAGCCAGCUCUUUUACUUUCUUUGCCCCAGCGACGUCACCACUCUAUAUAUACAUCAUUAUCCGUCAAGUGUUGAGGACCCGCCAAGUCAUCGACGCCUCGACGGGCCUAGGCUCGCCCACGACCGCUCUCCACCCAGCGCUACACGACGUCUGGCCCACGGCCGGCGACACCACCAGCGCCAUCCUGGACCGCCGGCCCAAAACCUCGUUAGCGCAUCAUCCCUCCUUCAUCAACACAUCCAAGGCCUUGAGCUACGAGCCGCGGACCAAGACGCCCCUGUCCGCCGUGCCCGCUCUGGGAGGUGCUUCCACCACGACCGCCGCUCUUACACCAUUGCCAUCUCCGACGUGGGGCGGCGCAUCAAACAUCACCGCCGCCGCCAUCUCCGAAUCCCACGCAGACGACGCCGCUGCCCUCUCUCCCGGCAGCAGCGCCUUCCCACCUACAAGUAGCACCACUGCCAUCACCAGCGGCGAGCAGCUGCCCAGCGCACGCAUCGUGCCCGCGCCUCUCAUGCUUCGUCAGCCGCAGGCGGUCACCGAGGACGUCUCGGCGCUCGGCGGCACCACCACCAGCCCAAGGCCGACGGAGGAAGCGGCCUCCCUCGACGGGAUGCUCUCGUCGUCCACCAACGGCGCCGUCGCCGCCGGCAGCAACAUGCACGGCACAAUGCCCAACCCGCCGCUCUCCGCGGCCUCGCUCAAGCUUGCCGACGCCCUGCAAAGCCUUGCCCGGCGGCGGCGGCGGUCCUCGGCCACGACAACGGCCACGACGGCGCUCGCGGCGCUCAAGUCGCCAUGCUUCUACCACCAGCGCUUCGACGACGCCGUCGACAUCGACAAGGUGCUCGAGGAGAUUAAAAACGACGAGAGCAUGUCGCACUCGCGCCUCGUCCAGACGGCCACCUCGGUCCGCGAGGUCUCCAAGCAGCUGCAGCGCCGCCCCAUCCGCCGCGCCGUCCGCAACGUCAUGAUUGUCACAAAGGCCCGCGACAACCAGCUCGUCCACCUCACCCGCGAGCUCGCCGGCUGGCUGCUGCGCACCCCGCGCUACGGCGCCCACGUCGGCGUCAACGUCUACGUCGACGCCAAGCUGCGCUCCGCCCGCCGCUUCGACGCCGCCGGCCUCGUCGCCGAGAACCCGGCCUUUGACGACAUGCUGCGCUACUGGACCCCGGAUCUGUGCUGGAGCCAGCCCGAGACGUUCGACCUCGUCCUCACCCUCGGCGGCGACGGCACCGUGCUCUUCACCUCGUGGCUCUUCCAGCGCAUCGUGCCCCCCGUGCUGUCCUUUUCCCUCGGCAGCCUCGGCUUCAUGACGACGUUUGAGUUUGACAAGUACAGGCAGCACCUCGGCCGCAUCAUGGGCGACGACGGCAUGAAGAUCAACCUGCGCAUGCGCUUCACCUGCACCGUCUGGCGCCACGGCGCCCUGUCCGCCGUCGCCGGCGAGGGCGAGCAGUUCGAGGUGCUCAACGAGCUCGUCAUCGACCGCGGGCCCUCGCCGUACGUCUCCAACCUCGAGCUCUACGGCGACGACGAGCUCCUGACCGUCGUGCAGGCCGACGGCUGCAUCUUCUCCACGCCCACCGGCUCCACCGCCUACUCCCUCUCCGCCGGUGGCUCGCUCGUGCACCCCGACAUCCCCGCCAUCCUGCUGACGCCCAUCUGCCCGCACACGCUGUCCUUCCGCCCCAUGGUGCUCUCCGACACCAUGGCCCUGCGCGUCGCGGUGCCGCGCAACUCGCGCGCCACGGCCUACUGCGCCUUUGACGGCAAGGGCCGCAUCGAGCUGCGCCAGGGCGACCACGUCACCAUCACCGCCUCGCAGUACCCGUUCCCGACCGUCACGCGCACCGACACGGAAUGGUUCGACAGCGUCAGCCGCACCCUGCGCUGGAACACGCGCGCCGCCUCGCAGAAGCCGUUUGAGGCAGGCGACGGCGACGGCGACUGCGAGGGCUCGGCCACGGGCGACGAGGAGACGUGGGACAUUGAUACCGACAGCGCGUACUAUGCUAGUGAAGAGGGCAGCGUCAGCACGAGUCCCAUCCGGAGACAGAUGAGCAUGCUUGGGCUGUAG